AUGACGUCUGCUACCGCAUCGAGCUCGGUCUCACUCAUCCCACCAGACCUCCUAGCACUACAUGCUUCCUUCCAGCGAUACAGCCAAGAUGUCAUCAACCAUCAGAUUCCACGGUUGCAAACCUGCACCAGCGCCUCGCUUGUCACCGACUUUGAAACAGAAAUCGCCUCAUCCAUCGAUGGCCUCAAGCGUCAAGUCAACGAUCUCAAAUUUGCCAUAGACGAAGCAGAAUCGGAGGUCGAACGCCGUGAAAUCUCUCACCUUGCCGCAACAGCGAGCCAACAGCUCGACGAAAUCCGACAGUCAACACGCAAAGCUCUGCUCUCGGCUCGACGCUCCAUCGAAAGUGCACGCACAGUCCAAGCUCGUGCCGGCUUGCAACUUGCCGCUGACAGCGCCAAAGAACGCACAGGCGGCCGUGCAGGAUCUUCCGGCGAAGACAAACUUAUGACCGCCUCUCAGGACGUGACCGAUGCCCUUCGACGCACCGUCUCGCUCAUGUCGGCAGAACUCGAAAAGUCAGCCAUGUCGUCACAAUUGCUGGAGGAAUCUUCUCAAACCAUCUCGAGCCUUUCGUUCCAGUAUGGCUCAUUGACUACACUCAUGUCGAACUCGGUCAAGAUGAUCAAGACAAUGGAGCGAGAGGACCUGAUAGGAAAAGGAAUGGUCGCCGCCGCAUUCUUGUUCUUCUUAGGAUGCGUUGGAUAUAUCGUCUAUGUAAGGCUGAUCAGCAAAGGCGUUGGGCUUCUUGGGUUCUUUUUUAGACUGUUUGGGCUGAACAAGCUGCUCGGCGGGUUGGCGAGCAGGGGCGGCGAGGAUGUGGAAGGGAAAGUAGGUUUGUUGAAACAGGCAGCGAGCCAAGUGGCGAGUAGUCAAACGGUGGCAGUAACAGCGAAGGUGGUGAGCACAGCGGUUUUAUCGGCCACUUCGACGGCGGCAGUAACUACUGCUGCACAGACGAGUUCGGCGAAACAAGAAGUGAAGGAGAACAUCAUGGAUUUGCAAGAUGAUCUGGAACAGUUGGUGCAGACCGUCAUGCCGCAGGAAUCGGCAGAGCCUCGAGCGAACACGCUUCCUGUCGAGCAUGUUGAGCUGUAG